AUGGGUCUUAUUAAGGAGUUUCCCUGUACAAUCACCCUACACGAAGACAAAGAAGGAAUAUGUUUUGUCUUCAACGCAAGCGGCCUCAAUUUGUUCGGUGCUGCAUGGAUUGAGCUAUUUGGUCUCUGGGACGUGCCGUUCAACGCGAUGUGUCGUAAGAUUUCUACAAAAUGCUACCCUCAAGCUGCUCAGCUAGUCGAUGGUCUUCAAAAGAAAUUCGUCAACGUUUUCAGCGACCAACUGGGACUUUGUUCAAAGAAAAAGGUUUCCUUAACAGUCAAGCCUGGUGCCAAGCCAGUAUUCCGACAGAAACGUCCGGUUCCAUACGCAUCAACCGCCAAGAUUGAAGAAGAGCUCGAGCGACUUCAACAUCUGGGUAUCAUCACACCGGUUUCGUAUGCAGAAUGGGCCGCUCCAAUUGUAACUGUGCGCAAACCCAACGGCAAAGUGUAG